AUGGUGAGUUAUAAUUGUUUAGUCGGUUUUUGCUGUUGUUCAAAUUAGCCAAUUGGACAUCAGGACGUAGUAAAUACUUGCCGUAUUGGUACCACUGUUUGUGUGUGUAGAAGGGACUCAUGCAGAUGAAUACAUCUUGCUCACUGAUUGCUUUAGGGGUUUUUCUUUGGUCCCGACCUUGGGGACCGUUUCAGUGAUAGGGGAUGUAACGUAUGAUAUAAACGCACAUUCAAGACGUCAUCCCUCCCCUAUGUUAUUAGUUGCUAAGUAAACUGACACCCGAUAAAAUAUCGAUGCUUUUGUGAAGUGCAUGGGAGUUUGAGUUUUUCGGAUGUCAUCUUGUUUUAAAAUUAACAAGCAGCCAUUUGAGAAUUCAACGCUUCGAGUUAGAGUCGAAAUUUAAAGGCGCUUAUGAAUCGGCCUCGAUUUGACGGCACGAAAUUUCGAGUUCGAUCGGAGGUAGUCCGUGGAGCAAUUAUGGCGUCUGGCUCCUGUGUUGGAACGCCGAAUUUUUGAUCGAAGAGCUUGCAUAUUACUACUGUUAAUCCAGCCAUUGUUGGUAGACAUCCACUCUAUCUGGCAAAGUUGAUAAUGAAAAGUAACCGCUAUCAUUUUAUUCAGGCUACUUAAAUAAACUAGCCUUCUGGGUGCGUCUAAAAUGCAGCAUAUGGUAAUUAAUGAUCUAUUUUUACCUAACUGAACUAAAACAUACCGGUACUUCUGGCUAUAACUGCUGAAUACUCAAUAAUGUAUACUGCCCGCUUCCUAACCAUACGACAAAACUCCCGGCUUUAGAGCAUGCCCUUAGACAUUUUUCAGUUUCAGUUUAUUUGAGGCGUUAAACCUUUGAACUCCCUAUUUGUUACAAGGAAGCGAAUUAUAUCAAAAAUUUGAAAAUGGAAACAUUAAACCGCAACAAAAGUUUUUUUCGGAUUGGCAGAAUUUUCGAAACCAGACAGAUAAACGAAUGGUUCCAAGUGUUAAAGACAUUAACGUUACUAAAUGUGCUGUACAGUAGUCUGACUAUCGAUAAUUGGUGCUAUCUCAGUUUCUGAGCGAGUCCUGAUAAUCUUGUAGUCAAUGUGGCCGGCGUGUAAGCGAUUCUGCUGCACGUUAACGCUUCACUCGCUUUUCUGAUUCUAACUCGUUGAACCACCUCAGAUGUGUAAGUGUACCCGGUGGACUUUAGGCUGGUGGAGUAAUCGAGCCGCUGCCGGUGAUUAGAACUGACGCACUGAAGAGGGCCGUCACUUAACUGACGAGACGCUGCUAGGUCUUAGGUUCGGACUGAGCGCUGAAUUUUACGGCUCCAAAGCCCAUGCAGCCAGUUGGAGAGUUCACUUUGCCGUUCUUCUGAAUUGCGGCUAACUCUAGUUAAUAGAGAUCUUGUUUAUAUCUCGCGACAGUCAUCGUUAAAACAGUUGUCCUAAGCAAAUAUUUCAAGGCUGGACGUCGCUGAAUUCGCCAUCAGACUUCUUAAAGUAUUGAAGAAACGUCUGAUAGCAAAUUAUGCACUUUCAGUGGGCCCGAUACAUAGAUUUUCAAUGGCCUGUACUCCGUAACUGUCAAAACCAGGUUUUUGUUUGGAGAACUGUCCUCCUUGAAUUGAAAGAUCUACUCUGCCUCGACCAUGCCUCGGAAUAUUUGUAAUUUGACUUCCACGACUUGUAAUGCUUGCCUUGGUUGAUUUGUUAAGAUUCUCAGGAGUUAACCAGGUAAUUUUUCCUACUCUUGCCCCUAAGCAUGGUCGCAUUCCAUUACUCUUGACACUGAGAUCUCAGAAGUAGACCAAUGAAACUAGCACAGUAGAUGAGUUACUUCUGGUUCCUCAAUGUACGCAUCGGUCAGCCGUGCUAUGACUGAGCCCAUACCGGCACGUAUACACAAACGCCACGCACUUGCGAAAUAGGUAAUGUCAUACCAGCAAAGCUUGGCUGAUGGGGGCGGCAUUGGUGGCACCCCCCUUUUACCAUGCAGCUGACCCAAUCGGCCUGACCUCACCUGGAUGCGGUGUGCCAGUUUGUAUUCGGUUGAGAGUGCUAGCCCGGAGGUGUGUGUUUGAUCGAAAACGACAUACAUAAGCCUCCAACAGCCGCUGUCCAAGCCUCCACCGUUACUGUCUAAUCAGUUCUAGUGUUGUCCCUCUGUGUGUCAACUCUUCGCGGCCCCUGCCACCGCGACACCAAGCAGACCUACAGUGGGUGGGCUAAUUCAUGAAAUGUCAAUCGAAAUUCCGAAAUGCGUUUUCGUUUCGAAAAGAUUAAUUAAAUAGAGUUGUAAAACUAGUCAGCUUGUAACAUUAUUUUAUAAUGAUUCAGUUACCUCAGGAUGCCGGAUUUCGAAUGUAUUUCUUUUCGGUUGCAUGCAACAAUUACACCCUUUAAAAAACGGCUUCUUAAGUUGCCUGAUUUCUCAUUGAUUUUCGAUGUCGUUAAAAAUUUAACUAUAUUUUAAGAAAUGCAUGCAUUAAAAUAUCCAUUCUUUUGCUCAUUCGGUAGAAAAUUACGUCUUCUUCCAACCUUAUACUCGAAGGAAGAGUAUGCAUCGGGUUUCAAAAACUUUUCCGAUUCCCGAAUGAUUUUGAACCCGACCCGCCGGUACACUUUCGUUCAGGGUUUCCAAACUACAGGCCGUAUCAUACAUUUCUUUACGGUAUUAAGAGGAGACUGUAUGGGGUUCAUAAAAUUUAGCAGUGGAUUCGUGCCAUAUUGUUAACUUUACAAACCACAUUGGUGAAUGCGGAGACAUGACGUUUUAUGAACGGCCAUUUGACGGUAUUCAAAAAUCUCACAAUUAGAAGCUUUUUUAAUACCGAGUUAUACCAUUCCUUCGAGUAUAAACUUGGAAUAAGACGUAAUUUUCUACCGAAUGAGCAAAAGAAUGGAUAUUUUAUGCAUGCAUUUCUUAAAAUAUAAUUGAAUUUUUAAGGACAUCUAAAAUUAAUGAGAGAAAUUCAUGCAACCUAAGCAGUCGUUUUUUGAAUAGUGUUGCUGUUGCAAGCAGCCGAAAAGAAAUACAUUCGAAAUCCGGCAUCCUGAGGUAACUGAAUCAUUAUAGAAUUAUGUUGCAGGCUGACUAGUUUUACAACCCUACUUAAUUAAUUUUUUCGAAACGAAAACGCAUUUCGGAAUUUCAGUUGACAUUUCGUGAGUUAGCCCACCUACUGUAGGUGAACUCAAUCUAUUGGACAUUAAUCAUUCUGUACUUAUCGUCUUUUUUAUAGCCUAGUGGCAUGAAAAGUUGUCAGAGUUUUGUCCCCGCCACGUGGAGAUGCCCAUCUGUCUCAGAAGCCGCCCUUAGAUAGUUGCAUAGAUAGCAACCAAAACAGAGACAUCACCAUUUCACUUUACUUUUCUGCCUUUUAAUGGCAUAACUCACAUUGCUGAAGUUAAUCAUGGAUCCCGGAGGUUUUAUUUGAUCCUAAAGACCUUUAUUAAUCUGGCUGUUCCACCAUUUGGGUCUAAUGUCCUUUGUUUGUUUCCCUUACAGCGGAGUUUCAAUUCUCCUCUUCUUUUUGCCGUCUUCAUCACAUGCUUUGGAUCAUCCUUUCUCAUAGGAUACAAUUUGGCCAUUGUCAACAACAUUGAAUAUGUAUGUUUCCAUCAGACACUUCCAUUCGAAUGGUAUUUUUAAUUUUUGUCUUUGUCUCAGCCUCAGCGCUGCUGAGGAAGUGUUUCCUUUUAUUUACGCGCUGCAUGCACUGCUUACUAAAACGCCGCCACUGACACACCUGCUUAGAAUGCUCAGUGAUGGAGUAAGAUAUAUGACUUCUGCAAAUGACAUUUAUAGACACGUUAUCAGUGCCUAAAGCAUCACACAUCGCUGUUACCUGGUGAGCUAGUGGUGUGCAAUUUAUUUGGUAUGCUUUUAGGUCUCCUUUCACGGUACCCAAAAAUUCGUCCAAAAAAUUGAAAGUAGGUAAAUCACUACUUGCAUGCAGCGAAAAACGCUGCUCGCCUCUUCUUGGGCAAAUUCAAAAAAUACUCAUUAGCAGUUCGGAGGACUGAAGGGUGGAGAUUUCGCAUGAUGAAGAAAAUUUGGCCUAAACGAAAGUUUAUGGGUAAGGGGAUGCCGCUUAAAGGGUCACGCUCAUUAACCCCAACCCGAGGAUGAGUACAGUUUUUCACUCGGCCUUAUUUAUUAACUGAAUUUACUUGUCAAUGGGUGUCAUCAUCUGUAUCAUCACCUCGCCCUCAGUCCUUCUACCUCCCCAUGAGAACUGGUUUGGACAAAAGGUGGGCCAGACAUUGUCGUUUUUGGGCAGGACCCAUCUCCUUUCGACGCAGUCCCGCUCAAACCAUUGCCAUCCAGUUGUCAGAAAAACUCAUUUAAGCCAUAAUUCUUCCACCGGCAGCUGCGUGAGACGGGCUGGUGGCGGAGUGGUUUCCUGCAGCCGGAUUCGGAGGUGGACCCCUCCAUCUACCUCUCUGGUACACUUUAGUCGUCGAGGAUCUACGGAACGGCGAGUGGGGCUUCACAGGACGGCGAGCAACAGUGAGCAUGACAUGCUUCCGCCACGGUUUGUGUCCGUUUCGUAACUGAAUGAUUUGCAAGUUGGCACCCAGCCUCAUUUAGGUGACAUUUCCGCUGUAUGAUCUGUGACUGCCUACUCGUCAGAGUCCGCUUAUUUCGCAACUGCCCAUGGCUGACGGCCACUCUAACACCCACCACUUGUGGAAGUGCCCGGUAGACCGCAACAAGCCUCUUUGGUUGGCUCCGUCCUCCUCAGAGUUCCUGUCGUCUUCCUUAGGCUCUUAAAACAGUCAACCGAAUGCGGAGCAUUCCUGUUGGUCCUUCACAGACAGCAAAGCCUCGCUAGCACUGAAAUCGAGGCAAAUAAAGGCUGCUCAUCACAAUCAUCGGUUAAACGAACGUUUGAUUCAAACCAAGGGGUCUGGGCAUAAGCUCUUCUUGAGAAUCAUCGUUCAUCGUUCCGUGUUCAUUCUAGCCUAAGCACUGGUUCUGCAAAAAUUUCGAAUACCUACAGUCGCAUGUCUUCCUCCUUUCCGCACUCCGACUACAGAAUUGCUGAAAAUGCAACAUCCGGCAGUUAAGGACAUCGCCAAAGACAUGUCUGUAUUACCUUUUGAAAGUUUCUUCGUUUUAUUUGGUCUCAGGUCUCGGUCUGUCUUUUUCGUAUCACUUAUAUGGUUUUGCGUUUUGGUGAAAUUAUAUAUAUUUGUUGGGUUACUGUGCCUUAAGAUGCUUGUGAUUUCUUGGUUCCAACGCCAAGAAACAAAGAAUCUUUUCAAAAGAAGGAUGGUUCGCUGUUCUAAUCGACGCCGGCCAUUUUUAUCAGACUGUAUUUGUGGUUUUGGUGAUGUGCGAAGUGCCUUUGUGGCCAGUACCAGGGUGGACGCGUAGGUGUGUGAGGAAUAUUAUCACAGGGGCUAACUCGGGGUGUUCCAGGUCCUCUUGUUUGGUAGAAAUGGUCAUUGCAAAUGAGUAGAAGCAACGUGGUUGGUGGGUCAGGCUCGGCGUGGAGUGCUGGUAUACGGAAAUGUCAUGUAAGUGAUCACUGGGGGAGAUGCGCACGCGGACCCAGGUUUCACAACUACCACGCUGAACUCUCCGUCCAUUAUGCCCCCCAUUGAGACCACUGACGCAUCAGGAGCAGACAAGCAGACCCCAUCUCCUGUUUUUCGGGUCUAACUUCUGUCUGCUGAAGUCAGCUACCUCCUGAGAUCGGAAUACUGUCAGCAAUGAUGGCGGGAGUGGUUCGAGCAUUGGUGACGGUUGUGUGGCAACGUACACCGAGGCGUCCAGUCAGGACUAUUCGGACCCUCCAUGUGCGGAAGAAGGGCGGAUGGGUGUGAUGGGCUUGGUCGACGCGUUUAGAUGCUAUAUUACUUACUAACGACGGUGAUUAUGGCACUGCGGGGGCUGCAGCUGUGUACGCAAGACAACUGUGACGGGGAAGGACAGGUGUGAGGGGGUUGGGCACUGGAUGUGUUGUCUUGCCUUCGUGUCCUUUCUUCCCGGGGCUUCCGUAUGCGGUUGGUAACGUCGUAUGUCGCUCCAGUUUUUGCCGAAGGUCGCCAUUUUUGCUGAUCUACGACGUCGGUCUCCCAGGAAUUUUGGUUGUGUUCAAGACACUUUAAUGAGGUCUUGGAGGCGUGGCUAUAGCGUAACUUCUGCCUUCCUUGUAGGUGGACAUUUGUAGCAUCCAUGUCAUAAGAGGGACGUUUCAACAGGUGGCCAUCAGCAGUCCGGACGACUUAUUAAGUCUGCCCAACAUUGGUUUGUUCUAGCGUUGAGACGAUAUCAAACAUGGCAGUCUACUCUGGGCUCUGGGAGUCGGAGAUCCGUUAAGGAUCACUUCGCAUCCAGCAUUCUACGACUGCCACGAAUACAGUUGGAUUUCCUCACAUGGUUCUGGUACACUUUCGAGUUCUAUGCCCCGUAAAGAUGUAAGCACAUGGGGGAAGGACGACUGUACCAAAAACUGCAGCAUGGACGUGCAUUUUUUUCCACCUCACCUACGCGAAAACUCUAAAUGCCUGGCAUUCUUUUAAUACUCGACGCAAUUCCAGUUUAGGCAAUGCAUGUAAGUAUGUGCAGUCGCCUCCCGGUAUUCCCUGGGUUAGAGACCAUGGUUGUCCACGAAUAGCCGAAAUCGGCGAAUACUUGAGACGUCUUUAAAAACGCCAAUACCUGCGCUUUUAAAGAUUUAAACACCAAAUAUGCCGUACGUUAUCACCAUAAAACACUUUAAUACCAUUUCAGGGUCAUCCUACAGCAUUGCCUUUUAAAAUAUAUGGCUUCCGGCUACCGGUGAACACCUCUACAACCAUCUCUUUUGCAAGGCGAAAAAUAACUAAGCUACCUCUAUAUUCCAGUAUGCACAUUUUCUUGCAUACAGUAUUCAAGCCAUAUUGUUUUUUACGUAUACGGUAGAUGAGAUUAACAUUGGUAUACCCCCAAGUUCAGGGAAUAUUUUAAAAUGCAUCUACGUAUUUAAAUUUGCAUUACAAAUAUAAAAGAUAACGAGAAGUCUAAGACUGCAUGAAGUCUAUGGGUACUCGCCGGAGACUGAAGAUGACAUUGGGGGUGGGCGAAUGUUUUUAAGAAAAAAUACCUUUUGCUUAACAUUUCGCUGUGUUUACAAUAAUAUUAGCAUUCUAAAAUUAGCAAAUCAUAUUUUCGUUACAAAAACGUACUUAAUCACACGGACGAAAUAAAAAUAAUUAACGAAUAUUUUAAAUAUGCUCCACGAAGUCAUCCGAGGAUAGGUGAAUCCGCGAAAACUGGACCGCAAAUUGGCGGGAUCGGCUGUAUAUAUGAAAACCAGACGUCUUAACACUGAGAGUUAAGGUCAGGUGCUUUUGUUGUUUUCUCAAUUAACUUAUUUGACCUCAAGAUCAUAUCCAUAUUGAGAAAGAGGAGAUUCUUCCGGAAGAAGCCGAGUUAAGUUCAUGAACUUUCAAGUUGUUGACAGUAACCUGUCGGCAGACGAAAGAAAUGAGCGUGAGAAGUUUGACCACGUAAACUAAAAUUGAUUUCUACGUAAUGAACCUUCUGAUCGUUGCCUAGAAAACGACUUUGUGUUUCAGAGUUAGAAACUGUAUUUGGCGGGUAUCCAACAAGGACGUCAUCAUCUUCUAGGCAGAUUUUUAGAUUAUUGGUGAAUUGCUCGUGUGCUCGGGUUCCAUUCUGACACAGCCUUACAUAGACUUUUUAUCGUCUGAUUAUAUUCCCCGAAUGCAAAACUACCUUCCGGGAAACAUGAACCACUAUUUGAAACUGAGUCUUGGACUCAUUUUCACAGGGAGAUAAUGGGAGAUUGGAGGCAGGCGUAGGUCAGUUCGGAACUCGGUUUCUAGCUCGCGCACACUUGCCGCUUUGCUGUCUCAAUGGGGGACUGCCAGCAUAUUUUUUGCAAUUUCCAUUCCAUUAGGCACCCGUGCAGCCUCAUCCUUGAGAGCCUUUGUUUUAAUCGUUCUUUGCAUGGGAACUUCGAAGUUGACUUCUCUGUUUUGUUGAUUCAAAAGUACAAGACGCCCAGGUGACCUUUCCAUUUUAUGCGUCGACUUGGGUAGGAAAACUGGAUGCCUGAGUUCUCGUGGUCAGUAACUGGCUGCAGGACCGCGGGGGCAGGUCCCUUCCUGGUUGGGUCUCUAUGGCACUCCUGCUCAGACGGGAUCCGAACCGCUGAUUUGUUUCUGCAAGUAACCUCGCCCAACGUGCACCGACGAGGUCGUGCCUGUCAGGGAUGGACGGGCUGUUUAGCUGCUGCCCCCGAUCCCACUUCCAGCCGUCUUGAUAUUGUUUUGAUACCGGGGGGGGGGGGGGCAGAGAAAGUGCGAUAGAUGUUGCGCCCCAGUCUGCCUCACUAUAAAUUAAUGCACAUGCAAGUCACCAGUGCUACGCCCGAUUCGUGUGGCACACGGGAUGGAGGUCGGCACUCGCACGCCGGCCAAACUGCCAUCCACCAGUGUAUGAAGGAAUCCACUUGCGGAAGACCAGAGCUAUUUUCCAGGGUCCGCUGACAAUUCCUCCUUGGUCGUUUCUUUUAGCAAAUAUCCGAAUUUUUGCAAAGGACAAUCAUAGACGUGACAAAUCCCCCUUCGUGGGUCGACAGCAGUUUUCUUUUUGCCCAAGUCUCCUCCAUCCUGGUCAUUUCUGCCGCCGUGGGUGCCUUUCUCAGCGGUUGGCUGGCCGACGCCAUUGGCAGGUAAGUUCUAAAAAGCCAAGAGCGCAUCUUCUAUAAUUCCGUUUCAUUGUACAUCAGGUUUGCUAUCUUUUCGAUCGGAAAAGAUUAAUUAAUUAAAGGUCUGAUAUUAAUUAGCCUGCAGCGUAAUCCAAGUAUACUUCAGUCACGUCAGAAUGCCGGUUUUAAUGCGUUUCUUUCAGGCCGUCUGUAAAAAUUACAGCGUAAAAAAUGACUACUAAGGUAGUGUGACGUCAGACGAUUAAGGGUUGAUGGCAUCUCAUGGUUUCCUCACCCUCUUUCAAAACUCUGAAAUUCUUUCUUUUUCCGGUGUCACACCAGACGGAACACUUUGAUAGCAAACAACGGCCUCGCCAUCCUCGGAGCUAUUCUCAGCUCCCUCUGCCUGGUAGCCGACCAUUCUGCUCUCCUCUAUGUCGGCCGAGUAUUUUCUGGUCUGAACAGUGGUAUUAGUAUUGGCGUAGCCUCCAUAUAUCUGAUGGAAAUAGCCCCAAGGAAAAAUCGCGGCUGCAUCGGUGCCUGCCACCAGUUGGCUGUCACUCUGGGCAUCAUGAUUGCCUACCUGGUGACGCUGUCGGCGCUUCUGAGCACGAAAACCAAGUGGCCAAUCGCCAUUGGCCUGGGUGCCAUCCCUGCUUUCAUCUCCCUCGUGGUGUUCCCCUUCUUUCCGGAGAGCGCCCGCUUCCUCUACCUCAUCAAGGGCAAAGAGGAGGAGGCGAGGAAGGCCUUUCAACGUAUCAACAGCGGAGAGGACGUUGAUAUGUUCCUUGCUGAGAUGCGCGAGGAGAGAGAUGUGACCCUGAGUCAGCCAAAAUUCAGAUUUAUCCAGCUCUUCAAGCAGCGCGAUCUGCGCAUGCCCGUCCUUAUAGCUGUCUUGGUCCAAGUCCUACAACAGCUCUCAGGCAUCAAUGCAGUAAGUUGAUUCAGCUUAAUUUCCAUGCAUAACUGCUGGUUUUUCUGAAGUUGCGGUAGUAUUCUUGAGAAUCGUGGCAGUUCCCUCUGAACACGAUAGAGUCCAUUGAGGUUCUAAAUGAGCACAUAGAAACCUUUAAGGAAAAUAGCCCUUUUACGAUGUGUUCAUGUUGGGACCCAUUAGCUGGGUGUGCAAAAGAUAUUUCACUGCAGCAACUCAAAGAGAAGAUCGUGACUUCUGCGCCGACUGAUUAGCGUUGCCUCUGGCGUAAAAAAUGAAGGUAUUUAGGUCCCGUUGACUGUCUAGACCAAGGCGUUGUUCACUCUAUAAGUCUUUGAUACGUUUUAUGGAGAGCAUUGCUGUUGGGGGUAUAUGACUGACCUCGACUGGGAUACACCAUAAUAGCAUCCUCUCAAGCACUCCCCGACCAAAAUAUGAAUGUUUCAGAGUUGAAUGGACAAAUAAAACAAGAGCGUUGAUUGCGGUCAAACAGCACUUGUACCCGGGUUUUUUUAUUUCUGUACAUCUCCACCCACUGUACCCAGACACCUUUCAUUUGAUUCGUCUAGGUCAUCGCCAAUUCGUCAAUUAUGCUGAAAGCGGCUGGCGUGGGAGUGGCCCAGAUAGAAUUCUGCGUCCUUGGCAUCGGCAUACUUAACGUCGUGUGCACGAUUGUGGCUAUGCUUUUCCUCGAAAAAGCCGGACGAAGACCCAUGCUCCUGUGGCCCACCGUCUGCAUGGCUGGAACUCUCCUCCUCUUAACCAUCAUUGUCUGCGUUGGUAAUUCAAAACCCCCGGCUGAGCAGAGCUCCUAUGCUGCCACCUCGGUGUUUCUCAUCUACGCUUUCGUGGCUUGUUUCGCCGUUGGUUUGGGUCCGAUACCCGCUAUGAUUGUGUCUGAGAUCUUCCGCCAGGGUCCCCGCGGAGCUGCGUACUCCCUCAGCCAGAGCAUUCAGUGGCUGUGCAAUCUCAUCGUCCUCUUCAGCUUCCCCACUUUGAACGUAGGUUCUCUUGACCAGUUACUAAAAUUAAUCUCUGACUUGGUUUGCAGGAUUUUAAUGCCAUUUUUCUGUUGCCUCGAAGGUACGCACCAACUUCUCGGUUAAAUAGUACAGUCCGGUAUAUUUUAGGGUAUUUAAACAAGGUAUAUGAUGACCUUAGCACAGCAGAGCCAGAAGAGAUGACGCACGACAAAUAAUAAUAAUAAUAAUAAUAAUAAUAAUAAUAAUAAUAAUAAUAAUAAUAAUAAUAAUAAUAAUAAUCUGUUACUGACAUCAUUUUAGUAGCAUGUGAAUCACUUUGUAGACCGAACAAAUGACUGCCAUAAGAGAUAAUUCAUUGCGUAGAUGUUUAUGUAAUUAACUGCGAAUCUCAUUAAUUUCCAAUCUUCCUUACUGUCUUUUUGUUUUAUUACCGUACAGAAACUGAUGAAGGGCUACGUCUAUCUGCCGUUUUUGGUGAUCGUGGCAGUAUGCUGGGUAUUCUUCUUCCUCUUCAUGCCCGAGACCAAAAACAGGUCGUUCGAUGAGAUUGCCCGCGAUCUGGCCUUCGGAACCAUUGUUGUUGGGAAGCGAAGUGCAGCCAUCCAGACUCCGGUAUUCACCAAGGGCGAAAACCUGUCACCUGACGGUGGAAGCCUUCUUCGCGACUCUCAUGCUCUAAAGUCCAAAGAGUGA